GCUGGAAUAAUAAGUUUUAAACAAUCUUCGGAAGCAAGAUCCGAGACGUUACAUUGUUAGUGAGAAGCCGCCGGCAGCAGUAGUUCCCCGCAGACCGAAUACCGAAUAACCACCUGUCCAGCUGCCCAAGUUUACAAAACUUGCAUCUUGAUAUUCUCCAAUUCUCUGGGUCGUCGUACUCAUCAAGUAGAGAAAAUAACUUUGGCUGUAAUCAGACGCCAAAGACAGGCAGUCUCAGGAUUGGCUUUCGCAGAGUCAUCAAAAUGCCGUCUGCAGAGCAGCGCAAAAAAAUCGGCCAGCUAUUUGCUGUUGGCUUUCAUGGCCGUGAGAUCAACAAGGAGAUUACAACACUUAUUCGGGACUAUGGCGUUGGGGCAAUCGUUCUGUUCAAGCGCAACGUGCUCGACGCCGCUCAACUCCAGACGCUCUGCUUAGGCCUCCAGAAGAUUGCAAGCGACGCAGGCCACAGCCAACCCCUUUUCAUUGGAAUAGACCAAGAAAACGGCCUUGUUACCCGAAUCUCACCACCUAUUGCCUCUCAGCAGCCGGGUCCCAUGACUCUUGGGGCCACUGGCUCACUUGACUAUGCGUAUGAGGUUGCCAAGGCCACUGGUGGGAUGCUGCAGCAUUUCGGCAUUAACAUGAAUUACGCGCCAGUCGGCGAUAUUAAUUCAGAGCCGCUAAACCCUGUCAUUGGCGUUCGAAGUCCUAGUGACCAGGCAGAAACUGUGUCCAAGUUUGCGGCGGCGUGUGCAAGAGGCUUACGAGAGCUAAAUGUCGCGCCGUGUAUCAAGCAUUUCCCCGGCCAUGGAGAUACGGCAGUCGAUUCUCACUAUGGUCUGCCAGUCAUAGACAAAUCAAGAGCCGAUAUGGAGAAAUUGGAACUGAUUCCAUUCCGUGAUGCCGUUGCCAACAACAUCGAGAUGGUCAUGACGGCUCACAUCUCUUUACCACAGCUAUCAAAAGAUGGCCUGCCUGCCACACUCUCCUCAGAAACAAUCGGAAUCUUGCGAAAUGAGUGGAAGUACGAUGGCGUUAUCAUGACUGACUGUCUGGAAAUGGAUGGUAUUCGCGCGGAAUUCGGUAGCGUUAAAGGAGCACUCAUGGCUUUUCAGGCCGGCGUCGACAAUGUCAUGAUAUGCCAUACUUUUGACGUUCAGAGUGCGGCCAUCGAUCACGUUUGCGAUGCCAUCGCAGCCGGUACACUAUCACAAGAGAGAAUAGACGCAUCUUUGGAACGUCUCCGAAAAUUGAAGGAAAGAUAUACAAGCUGGCCUCGUGCCCUUCGCACAGAACCGCCAGAGACUUUGGCGGCAUUGAACAAGAGUGGAGAAAAGCUCGCCAGUCAAGUCUACGCAGAUGCAGUUACUCUGAUCCGAGCAGAAGAAGGCCUUUUGCCUCUUAAACCGACUACAAAAAUUGCUUUCGUUUCUCCUGGGCCCGACGUGCCUAUCGGUGGCGCUGUUGAUAGCGGAACUCUGCCAACGCGCGUCCCUUGGAUUGCAGACACCUUUGAGGAGCGUAUCCGAAAGCGAGCAUCUCAAACCACCGACAUUCGAUUCACUAGCUCCACCCUCACAGAUGAGCAAUGGAAGCAGGUAGAGGAGGCCGAUGUUGUGAUCCUGGCAACUCGCAACGCGCGCGAAUCCAAGUACCAGAAGGAACUUGGGCUAGAGGUCGCCAGGCGACGAGGAUCAUCACCCCUUGUCUCAGUUGCCACAUGUGCUCCAUAUGAUUUCCUAGAUGACGCUCAGAUUCGCACAUAUAUUGCCGUGUAUGAACCUACUGUGGAGGCAUUCAGCGCAGCGGUGGAUCUUUUAUUUGGAGAUGCACAGCCAAAGGGAAAGUUGCCGGUGGCGCAUUAAUUUUUGUUGACAUAAAAGCAGUGGAGCAUAUUGAAAAAAGAUUUAUUUAUUUAAUUAAGCAUUAGUACC